AUGGAAGGCCUUUAUUUCAACAUAGAUUACGGGUAUAUUGAAGGUGUUGUGAGAGGAUACAGAAGCGGACUUCUUUCAACAAACCAAUACGUUAACCUUACCCAAUGCGACAACUUGGAAGAUCUCAAGUUGCAAUUAUCGUCAACUGACUAUGGUAAUUUUCUUGCCAAUUACUCUGGCCCCUUGAGUACAUCCGUCAUACAAGAGAAUCUCAACAAGAAAGUUUUCCAACAGUAUCAAUAUGUCAAGUCGCAAUCAAGUGGGAUUUUGACGGAGUUUUUGAACUUUAUUCAAUACGGGUAUAUGAUUGACAAUGUUAUUCUUAUGAUUACUGGUACUUUGCAUGAGCGAGAUAAAUCAGAUAUUUUAAAGAAAAGCAAUCCAUUGGGUUGGUUUGACACGUUGCCAACUUUGAGUAUUGCAACCGAUAUUGAGAGUUUGUACUCUACUGUGUUGAUUGAUACUCCUUUAGCGCCGUUUUUCAAAAAUUGUGUUAGUGCUGAUGACUUGGACGAUUUAAACAUUGAAAUUAUCAGAAAUAAAUUGUACAAGAAUUACCUUGAAGCAUUUAUGGGAUUUGUGCAGAAGAAUAUGGAUGGCCCUGAUCGUGAAAUUAUGACCAGAUUGUUGAUCUUGGAAGCUGACAAACGUGUAAUAAACAUUGCUUUGAACUCGGCCAGCAACCAAGAUUUGUCAGCCGAUGACAAGUUGAGUUUGUUUCCUCAAUUGGGAUUAUUGUACCCAACAUAUCAUUUGGAACUUGCCCAGGCCGAUGAUUAUGAACAAAUUAAAUUGACAGUGGAAAAUAUUGGGGAGUACCAACAAAUCUUUAGUGACAGUGGUAAUGAUGGCAAUAAGUCAAUAGGAGACUGGUUCUACUUAUUGGAAAUGCAAUAUUGCAGAGAUGCAUUUACUCAACAGUUCACUUUGAGUACUGUGUAUGCGUGGUUAAAGUCUAAAGAGCAGGAGAUUAGAAACAUUUAUUGGAUUGCCGAAUGUAUUGCUCAAAAUCAAAAGAGUAGAAUCGAUGACUACAUAUCGGUUUACUAA